AUGACGGUAGCCUUUUGCCUCAUUGGAUCCUUGAAAGCAAAAUGCAUCCACCAGCAGCUCUCCUGGAGCCCAAGAAAAUUCGGCUAGGGUUCUUGCUCUUGCCACAUCUGCUCAAACCAGCACGGUCUGAUCUGGAAAUACGGUCUCAGUAUGUGCCGCCAGUACACAAAGGCUAUAGGCUUCAUUAAGUUGGACUAAGGGAACUUCCUUGACUGGGUCAUCCAAGACAUCUCACCUGGCUGAAGAAACAGUGCUAGCUAGCUCUUUGUCCAUGAAAAUGGUUUAAAGACUUCAAUUAUGAGUAUUUGAAUGUGAAUGGAAUAGUCAAUUGAUUAUAGAAAUCUCUUUUUUAAAAUUUAUCGUCUUAGUGGAGUCGUUUUUAAAAUAUGUGGCUUAUUUUCCCUCAGGUAUAUAAAAGUAUUCAUGCUGGAAAAAAAAGAAAGAAAGAAAAGAAAACUCAGGUAGAGUACUGGUAUAUUGUCUAUAUAAAGACUUCAGGCGGGCCUGCUCCGUGGCUUAGCGGUUAAGUGCGUGCGCUCUGCUGCUGGCGGCCUGGGUUCGGAUCCCGGGCACACACCGACACACCGCUUCUCUGGCCAUGCUGAGGCCGUGUCCCACAUACAGCAACUAGAAGGAUGUGCAACUAUGACAUACAACUAUCUACUGGGGCUUUGGGGGAAAAAAAUAAA